AUGACCAAGGCCAGGUUUGAUGAUGUUGGAGGUGGCCGAGAGUUCGGCGUCCGCGUCCUCGAGUCUCCGAGCUCAUUAUUUUGCUACCCCAGGAGCUCGAGCGCUCUCCCUGCUCUCAUCAAGUCAGCCGCCGAUCGUUACCCAGUUGUUGGGGAUCCAAGAGACUUCGCUCCUUGCAGUCUACCAGCCUCCCCAGCUCCCACGUCAGGGCUAGACUUAGAUGACUACAGAAACCCCACUGCCUCAUUUAGCGAUAGUCAAGCUGUCACGCUGUCAUAUUUGUCACUUACUCAAUGCGCUGCGCAUUUUCCUCCUGGGACGUAUGGAUGCGCCCAAGUCUGGUCUAUCCCUGCACCCCCCCAGGUCCCUGCAGGUUCUGUGACCAGCACGGACGAUAGGGCCCGAUUCCGGCCUGGACAUUCCCAAGUAGUGGGCCGCCCAGGCUUGCUCGUCUCAGCUGCCCCCUCUCCUCAUACCCCUGUCUCUGUCAAGCCGGUCAGCGACGCCGAGGGGACGGCCUCGCGGAGUAAUGUUGUACGAUUGUUUGGUGUAGACAGAGCCACAGAGCCACAGAGCCAGAAGCUUGGGGUUGGACUUGGGGUUGGACGAACCGAUUAG